AUGAAAGUCCUGAAAUAUGCCCAUGAAAAUGGGUGUCCAUGGGACGAAUCCACAUGCUGCAAAGCCGCUGAGAAUGGUCAGUUGGCAAUCCUCAAAUAUGCCCAUGAAAUUGGGUGUCCAUGGGAUGAAAGGACAUGCUGCAAUGCUGCCAGAAAUGAGCAUUUAGACUGCCUGAAGUAUGCACAUGAAUUCGGCUGUCCAUGGGGUACACCCACAUGCCGUGCUGCUGCUGAGAAAGGUCGUUUGGGUUGCCUUAAAUAUGCCCAUGAAAAUGGCUGUGCUUGGGACGAAGACACUUGCAGUGGUGCUGCUUACUGCGGCCAUUUGGAAAUCCUGAAGUAUGCCCACGAAAACGGCUGCCCAUGGGGCAAAACCACAUGCAACAAAGCUGCAAAAGGGGGUCGUUUGGAGAUUCUAAAAUAUGUCCACGAAAAUGGAUGUCCAUGGGGUGAAGACACGUGCUACUAUGCUGCAAAAAAUGGUCAUAUGGAAUGCCUGAAGUUCGCACAUGAACAUGGCUCUGAGUUGAAUAUGCGUGCGUUGUUGUAUGGUGCUACUCCACAGAUAAAGGAUUGGGUGCAAGCAAGAAUAUUUCAGCGUCGUGCCUAUGAUUAA